AUGCAGUGUAAAGUCCUCGUCUAUGUGGUCUUGCUGCACCUCAUAAACAAUGUGUUCUCUGCUGACAUACAAGCCAGACCGAAUACAAAUGCCAGCCUCCCCUGCAACGCGACCCUGAAGCUGGACGAAGUGGACCAAGCUCUGGUCGAAGUCAACUGGGUGAGCAACGGCUCAGGCGUCGCCUCGUUCAAGAAUGCGACCACGCACAUAAAAGAUGGCUUCUUUUGGACCACGGGCCAUUUCCGCAAUGGAGACUUUUCAGUGAGCGUCCUCGGUGUCAGCCUGAGCCUGCAGGGGGUGUAUGAAUGCACAAUCCGCUACAAUUCCACAGUGCUGCACUCAAGCACGGUUACACUCAGUGUCAUCGCGUCCCCAUCUGUGUCAAUACCCCAACAAUGGAUGGUGUUGGAGGCAGAGAGCCAGCUCAAAUGCCACGCAGAUGGCUUUUACCCUCCACCUGUGUCAUUCACCUGGACCAGAGACGGCCAAGUCAUUCGGCCCACCCACCAGCUUGAUGGUGACAAGACCCCUGACGGCUUCUACACGGCUACUGCCAACCUCACCUACUACGCAUCUCGAGGGGAUCAGAACGUGACCUUUGGCUGCAAAGUGAACCACAAUGGCACCAACCAAGAGCUCCGUUUUCAGCUCAACAUAACCUACUCCCCCACUGUCAGACUCUCAGCCAUCCCGUCGCCCUCCAGCAACAGUCCUCUCACCCUCUACUGCCACGUGGAGAGCUUCUACCCGGAGGAGAUGACCGUAUCCUGGCUGCAAAAUGGCACAGUCCUCCCUGAUCCGCCCGGCACCGAGCAGAAUCCGGAUGGGACGUUCAGAACCACACGCUACUUCACUUUGAGCCAUGAGCAGAGGUGGAGAGGCGGGGAGGUGGAGUGCGCAGUCAACCAGCCCGGCGUUGUGCAGCCGGCCCGGAGCUCAGCUUACCUGGAAGAGCUGGAUCCCCAAGAUGAGGCGCCAGUGCUCACUAAAUCUGCCAAGGCAUCCGUGGCAAUGAUGUGUAUCUCCCUGGUGCUUGUCUUCCUGUUGUGCUUCGGCUUUUCUUGGAGACGAAGAGAUGAGAAGCAGAAAUCUCUGGCGGUGUCGGGAAUCAUCCUCCCUCCUCGCGUCGUCGUGGGUCAAAAGGGCAGGGUGAGCGUGAGCAUUGAAGGCAGGAGGGUGGACCGAGUCCAGACCGCGUGGUUCCUCGAUGACACGCCUAUCUCCGACACCUCCUUAACGGCACCGGAAAAGGGUCCUCUGCUUCCCUCUAGUGGAGAGAUGGGUUACUACAAGCUGCACUCCCAGGGGCCUCUGCACUCCUCCGGAAGUGGCGUCCAGCAGCUGAUCUCCUCGCUGACCUUCAUCCCGCAAAUCUCUAUCCACAAAGGAGCCGUGUUUAAGUGUCAGGUGUCCUACGCCGGCAAAGACAAGAUUGUGAUGGAGAGAGCGUCAGAGAGGUUUACACCACUGUAUAAUAACAACACUGUUCCAAAACGUACAUUUAAAGGCAAUUUCUAUUUUCCAGAGGUCAUUUGUAUGACCGUGCGUGCGUCCCACUUCCACCCAGAUGUCAUCACCUUUCGCUGGUUCUGCCAAGGGGGAGAGCUGAGCCCAGUGGCUUCCCAGGCCUCAUCGUCCCCUCGACCCAAUUCCGAGGGCUUCUUUUCAGCCUCCAGUCAGUGCAAACUGCCCCGAACUGAAUUAGAACAGGGAGGCACCAGAGUGUGGGUCAGCGUCCAUCACAUCGCCCUCAAGCAGCCGGUCACUCGGGAGACCAGAGGCUUCCUCAAGCAACCACGCGUGUCCGACAUCUCGUACGCCACCUCUGCAUCCGACCCGAUGCUGACCCUGGGGUGUGAGAUCACCGAUUUCUACCCGCCCGACCUCACAGUCACUUGGCUGAAGGUGCGAGGGGGCGAGCGAGACGACAGCGAGGACGAGGUGAUGGAGGGCGGGGAGCUGUGGGGCCCCGUGGAGAUUAACCCCAGACUCUACAGGACCACGGCCACUUUGAGGACCGCCAACAACCGGGAAAAAAGACAGCGAGGGGGAGGGAUUAAAUGCAGAGUCGAGCACCUUUCCCUGCACGAGCCCAUUGAGAGACUUUGGAGAAAUAUUGACAUUGAAUCCAAAGCGGCUGUUACAGACCCGGACACCGAAGGUAUAGCGUACAUUGACGAGAAAUUGGACGGCGAGAACAACAACAACGAGGAAAAAGACGAAGAAACCAAGUCAUCAGAUGGGGACGACGGCAGUGAUGAUGAUGAUGAUGAUGAUGAUGAUGAUGAUGAUGAUGAUGAGCGAGAGGAUGCCUCCGGAGCGUUGUACAUCAACAGAGUUAAUUUGACGAAGGGGAGCAGGGAAAGCGAGAGGGCUCGUUUGAGAGUUGUUGUGGAGCUCCAACACCCUGCACUCAAACUUCCUGUUUACAGAAGCUGGACAGAGCCCAAUGAAGAAAUAUCUUCCAUGUGAAAUUCCUGACGUUACAAGUAAAAGCAUUAUUAUAUCCCAAUAAAAAAAUAUUUUAUGCACUUUUUAGUAAGUACAAUUUUGUGUAGUUUUUGUAUUUGUCAUUAAG